AUGUUCAAGGACUACGGCGGGGGGAGGCCACGUUUCCAGGGCCAGCCAGCCCCACUGCCACCAGCCCAGCAGCAGAAGUACCAGUCUGACCCAGGGGCCGGCAGCAGCGGUGGCGCAAACGUCGGCAGUGCCGGCGCUUUCGUGCCCAACCUCAACGCCAUUGCCACUAGCCAUAACCUUCAGUGGAUGGUCCAGCCCACCAUCAUGGGGGCCUCUCCAAGGAUCCCAUCCUACCCACGGCCUUAUCAUUGCCCCCACUAUGGCACCGGCAUCCGGCCGCGCGUGAUUCGCACCGCUGGCCCAAUGUUAACGCCACGGAGGCGUCAUCCAGAGCAUCUGACCCCCGAAGAGGAAGAGCGGCGCCGUUUGCGACGGGAGAGGAACAAGUUGGCCGCCGCCAAAUGCCGGAACCGACGGAAAGAGCUGACAGACACCUUGCAAGCGGAGACGGACCAGUUGGAGGCCGAACAAUCAGGGCUGAAGAAAGAGAUUGCGGAGCUGCAGAAGCAAAAAGAGCGCCUGGAGCUGGUCCUGGAGGCCCACAAAUUCUGCAAGGUCUGCAAAGUCCUGGGGGACUCAUCCUCUUCGGAGGACGACGAAGAAAGCCACAGCCGGUCGAUGACGGAUGCGGCCCAGCAUCCCGCCAAGCAAGGAUCCCCGCCAGGGCCCAGCAUCCCCCGUCGGGCUGCACCAGUGCCUCCCAGUAUCACUUUGCCCCCCAGCGCCGUGCUGGAGCCGGAAGCGUUGCACACCCCGACCUUGAUGUCCACUCCGUCUCUCACCCCUUUCACCCCCAGCUUGGUCUUCACCUAUCCGACCCCCGGGGACCCCGACGCACCUUCGGGUUCGGGUUUCCCCCAAGAGCCCUGCUCCUCUGCCCACCGACGCAGCAGCAGUGGCGACCAUUCCUCCGACUCCCUAAAUUCGCCAACCUUGUUGGCGCUCUAAGGACGGCAAGGAGUCGUGGAAAGAGCUCUUCGGCCCAGGUCUAGUAGAGACCGCUGGGUUCUAGGUGCCAGGUUCUAGGUGAUGCUUCACUAUUCCAAAACUUCUAAGAGACUGCCUCUUUUAGAGGCUGCCAGGUUCCAGGUGAUGCUUUGCCAUUCCAAAACUUCUCUUCUUAGUGUCCGCAUUUCCCGCGCUGGAACUCACCGACAGAACUGGCCAACGUCUCUUGCACCGGGGUCCAGGGACUAGUCCUCAAGAGUGAUCACAGAACCCUUUUUAUAUAUAUAUAUAUAAAUGAUAAACAGUGCCCUUAUUCCAGAAUACCGGAACUCUGACCUUCAAUACUUUAGAACAGAUUGUUAAGAAAUAUAUAUAUAUUUCAUGUGUUCCCUCUCCCUUUUUAUAAAUAUACCUUUUUGCUCCAUUCCUUUCCCCUUGUCUUCUGAAACUACCAGUUUUAGGGUUUUUGGAGUGGGUUUCUGGAUUAGCUAGGACAGUGGGACGGAUUUUCCUAACCAUAUAUAUAUAUAUAUAUAUAGUCGUGAUUUGCACCUGUUGCAAUGUCAUGUUUUGAAAUGCAUGGGAAACCAAGCCGCAUUCGCCGUGCCAAAGGUCUGCUCUUGGCAGAGAUUGAAAGGGCUUGAGCUGGUUUGUUGCUACAGGUUUCAGUUGGGAUUUUUGGACUCUAGUUGCGGAUACUGAAGGCCUGAGAUUCAAAACUGACCACUACACUCCUGGAAGAGCUACUGUGAUCCAAUUUGGAGAACAUUAUGCUCCCUUUCAAACCGGUUGGAGAAACGAAAUGGACUCUAUUCAUUGAAUGCACCCUAUAGAUCCAUCCAUCCUUCAUCCAGACUGACCUAUAGCCUCCUGGAUGAGGUGGGGUACCUAUUUGCUGAAUGUAGAAAGAGGUUAUCUUAUAUGUAUUUGAGUUUUCGGAGGGCAGGUCCUUCCUGGACCAAGGCCCUACCAAAAUAAACGUAUCAAGA